AUGUCACCGGGACUACUGCCUGGAUUCUUCCGGGAGUUCAAGCGCAACUACGAUUUCAGUGCCACCCAACGAAAGCACCAUAUUAUACCACUUGCACAAGUCGAUGAGCGAUUCAUCACUGAUACCGUGGGCAACGGACAACCGUCAGUCGAUACGACUGCUCGCGAUCGCUUGGAGUCGACCGCCAUUGCAAUUCAACCUCCCGGUCGCAGUCCCAACCCUUUCGACCCGUCGGCGCCUAAUUGCCAAGACUGGCUGCGAAACUACGUCAACAAGCUUGUGGAGGAUGGUUUCAUUGCUGGCAGUGCCAUCUCUGUUGUCCAGAAUGCACCAAACCUAUUGUGA